UAUAACUUAUACCUGUGAAUUGUUACGAUAAACAUGCCCCAUGCCUAAUUGACAUUUGACAGUAUGACAUUACGUUACGUCACGUCACAAUGACAGACUAGACAAAACAUUGUAUUACCCAUAAAAAUACAAAAUAAAGAGAAUAAUGUACCUUCAUUAUUUAUUGUAGGUUCGAGUAAAUUACAUAAAUCAUAGUUAAGAUUGUGCUACCAGUAGUUGUGUUCAAUAGCAUAGGAUAAAGUUUUGUUUUACGAACUAUUCUAAUUUCCCAUGUCAUGAAGAUUGACUCAAGUUGAAAUCAAGAAUUGCGAAAAGUAAUAAGAUCGAGGCAGCAACAAUAAUGGAUAUUAAUAAACUAGUCAGUAAGAACCAAUCCAUCAAAAUAGUUCCCUCCGUAGAAGAUUCAUUGAAGUCCAUAGGCCUGAAUGUUGAUCUUGAUGACAAUUCCAAAAUAUGGCUGGAACAACUAAGACUUACUUGGAAGACAUGGAAAAAGAGUCCAGCAAUCGCAUCUCACAUCGAAACAUUUCUUCAGUGUUCACCAGAACCCUACAGAAUAGCUUUAGUUUUUGUGAUUAAAUGUGACGAUUACAAAGAUUGCAAGCCAAAAACUUUACCAUACUUCAUUGUUGAAACUUUAUUGAAAUGGUCAGAGACAAAUGGUACUGUACCUGAUGACAAUUUGAAAUUGCCUGCCUUCCAUAUAGCUGUCCAACAGAGGAAUAACCAUUUCCUUGGUCUGAUGGUGAAAACAUACAAACUGACUACAAUUAAAGAACAAAUUCUACCUUUUGUGAAAGAUAUGGUUAGUAAAGAUAAUUGCAAGCAAGCUUCUCAAAUAGUAAUAUGCAUGAAUUUAUUUGACGAUAUACCUGUGGAAGACCUGAUAUUUCCCCUGAUACUGCAAGAUAAAUCAAAUUUGAUUGAUGAAUAUCUAAAUGAAUGCCCCAAUCAGGUGAAACCUCUGUUAAUAUUUCUAGAUAAAUUGUUAGACAAAUCAAUUAAUAUUCGAGAUUAUGUACAGAAUUAUACUAUGGAUAAUAAGAUUUCUCAUGUUAGAUAUGAUAAACUCCACUACAAGCCACUUGGAAAACUAGUAGCCCGCCUAUGUAAUAAGUUUAACAUUCCUAUAGAAACAUGUAAGAAUCUCAGUAAGAAUCGAACAACUGGUGGUUUGAGGUACUUGAUACAUCAAAAAUAUCAAGAACACAAUGUGAGUUCAUCAGUGUGGGAGGAUUUAGUGAAAGACUCACUGAAACAAAAUGCUGGCUCUGGCCAAGAAUUCAUUGAAAUGUUGGUUGAGUAUGACCGGAAUGAAGCUUUAAAGUGGGCUUCAUAUUUGAAUAUGGCGGAGAGUGAUUUACCUCUUGCACUGAAAGAAUUGUCUUUAAACGAAGAUUUUGUAGAAGAGAAUUGGGACACCACUGAUAAUGCUUCACAAACUCCUCAAGAGUAUUACAAAUUGGGUUUACAGGAUGAUCAGAUAACAAUCAUAGAUACAGGAGAAAAGUUCUAUGAUCUAAUGAUAUCAGACAUUGUCAAGAGCAGUAUUGUAAGCAUUGAUUGUGAAUGGAAGCCAUCAUUUGGUGCUACACAAUCCCAAGUAGCAUUAAUCCAAAUUGCCACUACCAACAAAGUUCAUCUCAUUGAUACUCUACAGUUGAACAAACCAGAAUAUAUAAGUUUCUGGUACACUUUUCAUAAAUCUUUUCUGGAUAAUGCAGAGAUAAUUAAAGUAGGAUUUGGACUAGAACAAGAUCUGAAAGAAAUAAAAUCAUGUGUGGUUGGAUUGGGAAAUAUUAAAGUACAAGGUGAAGGACUGUUGGAUCUAGGAACACUGUGGAGGAGUCUGCUUAACAAUGGACUUUCAUUACCUGGUACCAGUGCCACUGCAGGGAAUAGCCUCAGUUGCUUAGUACAAAUAUGCUUUGGAUUACCUCUUGAAAAAUCGGAACAGUGUUCUAAUUGGGAACUGAGGCCAUUGAGAAGUACUCAAAUUCAAUAUGCAGCCCUUGAUGCUUAUGUGCUUAUACAAUUGUAUGAAUACCUUCAAAAACUUUGCUUAGAGCAACAAAUAAAUUUUGAGGAAAUAUGCAAUGAUGUAAUGUUAGAAAGUAAGAAGAAAUGCACAAAGAAAGCUAAAGUGGUAGACAGGCUGCAGUCUAGUAUACCAGUGAUACAAUCAAGAUCUGUUCAUGAGGUAAAAUUCUUAGUGGAACCCUUGUUAUCUUAUUUAAUGCCUCAUCUAAGGUAUUGUGGAAUAGACACCAUGGGGAUGCCAUCAACAAUGUUAUGGCAUGAUGUGAUAAAUCUGGCGUCAACAGAAGAACGCCUUGUCCUGUUAUGUAAAUUAAAACAUACACCUUCUGCUAAUUUCCCACAAAGUUCUAUUUUAGAAGUGGGCAAGGAUACCAUUAUACAACAGUUAAGAAAAAUAUUUAAUAGUUACAAUAUAAAAGUUGAACAAGAGAAUCUUUUCACCAUUUGUAUAAAUUGCAACAGUAAAGAUUUGAAGAAGUUAAAUGUAGAUGAUGUUGUAAAAAUGUGUACUGAAUACCAAAGAGUGAUGGUAGCUAACAAUGUGAAUAAUGCGGACAGGUAUGGUGAUGAAGAAGAUGACAUGGCAUAUUUGGACAAUUUUCUUAGUGAUUCCGAUUGUGAUGACUUAGAUUUAUAUCAACCAGUGGUUAAUUCCAAACCGAAUUUAACGACAAGUAAAGGUGUUACAAUUGAAAUACAUAAUGCAAAUGAACUAUCUGCUUCAAACAAAGCUGCGGUUUUAUGUGAAGAAUGUGGUAAGCUAUUUUGGGACGAAGAUAAACACCUAAAACCAGUAGCAGAGGUAGUUGAAAAUUUUAAAAAGCUUAAAAUAUGGUAAGUUUAAUAAGGGUACAAAAUUUAAAAGAGUUACUCUUUUCAUAAUAAUUUAUUCUCAUGUAAAUAGCAUUCAAUUCAAUAUGAUAAUAAAAUCAUAUAAAUAAAUUAAUGUUAAAUAACUGAAAUUAAAGCUGUUGUCUUAUUAUUAUUUGGAAAUGUCACAGCAUUGUAAUAUUUUUUUUAUCAUAUCAAUAAAUUGUUGGGACUUUUUGUAAGUUAAUUUGACCAUAAAUUACUCAUCUAAUUGGUACCAUUGAUACUGUUCAGUUACAGCAUACCACAAUUUAAGUUUAAUUAGAUUAAAUAUGCUUCCUAGCUAUGUUAUCUGUUAUUUACAUAAAAUCAUAGGUACUGCACAUUACUAAAAGUCCCUUACAAUUAAUACAUAUAUACAGCUGUAUAUGACAACAAUUUAUUAUUAGAAAGUAAGUCUAUAUUAGGCAUGCUGUAAACCAUAACAGAUAUAUUUUUAUAAUACAUUAAAAUACCUAGGUAAUGACGAAUAUGAUAUGAAAUAAACAAUACUAAAUUAUAGAACAAAAUGUAUUUUGAAAAUAAUCAACGGCGCUAAGUUUUUGAACUUACAUACAAAUAAAAUCGAAGCAAUAAUUACAUCAUAGUAGCAUAUUACACAAAAGCUUUUUGUAAUGUGUAAAGCAAGCUGAGCCUUUAGUGUUACCAGUAAAGAAUAUUUUUGCAGUAAAUAAUUAUAAGGACAUACUCUAUACAGUUAAAGCCUGAUUCACAAUGUCUGAUUAUGUUUUUGUCUAGAUAUUUAAUUUAAUUUGAAAUAUAUCAAAAUGUGUCUCAGGUUUACAGUAACUUUAUCAGUACUCUUAGUACGAGUUUGCUUUACGUUGAACGAAAAUGAAACGAGAGCGCAUUCGGCGCUCUGAUUGGCCGGUGCGAAUGAACCAACCAAUCACAGCGCCGAACGCGCUCUCGUUUCUAUCUCGCUAAACGUAAGAUAAACUCGUACUAAGCCCUUACGUAUUGUGAAAUCCUUAUUGCUAUAAAGCAGACAAUACUUCUCAGGGUUACUUUGUAAGUAUAUUAUUGUUCAUUUAUUAAACUCAGUCUAUACAACAUGAUCACAAAAUGUUAUGUACUUACAUAAAACAAUAAUGUAGAAAGUGAUUAUAUAGUACUUAUAGCUUGAACUAUGUAUUAGCAUUAAUAUAAAAUUACAAACUAAGAAUAAAAAAAUGACAUGAAAACGUUUGUUAGCUGGAAGCUAUUUAGGUUUAAAAAAAUAUUGCUUUAUCAUAUUUUUAUCUGUUGUUUUAUUUAUGUUGAACACAUUUUUUCGAUAAUUCAUUAUAUUUUUCUAAUAAAUGUAAGUGUGUUAUGUGACCUUGUCGCCUGGUGAACCUAUCAGUGACAUUAUCACUAUUUAGUAUAUUUUUGUUAUUGUUGGUAUAAUUAGAUGUAGGCACUUAUGUCUGUCCAAAGGAGUAGCAAUUAAAUUAAUUGUUAUGUGGACAUUUUGGUCAAAGAAGACCUUACUACAUAGAACGCAAUCAAGGAGUUGAACAUCAUGCUGAAAGGGAAUUAUGUGGUAAAGAAGUACAGAAAUAUAAUCUUUAAAAGUGCAGUGAAAUGUAUAAUGCUAUAAGCUUUCUUGAAUUGCUCUUCUAGACAAAUAACAUGUAAACGCAUGUAGAACAAGUGUAUAGACACUUGAUGUGUGAUUUGACAUGUUCUAUUUCUAUAUAUUUAUUCUACUAGUGUUUAAAUGCCUUCGCCUUUGGGCACUCAGUAAAGCUUUACACCUCCUAAUUGCGUUCUGUGUUGCAAAGUACGCUUAGUAUGUAACCUGUUCAUUUUAUGACUAACAAUGUAAUAUAAGAUUUAGAUUAUUUUAAAAUAUCAUAAUGUAUAAAUGUAUUAUAUUUACCACCGAGAGGUGUCAACAUAUACUUCAGAAUAUAACGGAA